CCUCAGAGACCACUUCAGACCAGACCAGCAGCUCCUCAGAGACCACUUCAGACCAGACCAGCAGACCCUCAGAGACCGCCUCAGAGCCGACCCCUGACCCUUCAGAGGAUCAGGAACCUGCAGUCUGUAGACCCUCUCAGCAGCAGACGACCGCACCUCAGGCCGCCGUUUCUCCGCUCAACUUGUCCUCUCUGUCCUCGGUCUCCGAGCUGGAGGCUCUGGGUCUGGACAUCCUGAAGGGGGAGCUGAUGAGUCGGGGUCUGAAGUGUGGGGGCACGCUGACGGAGCGUGCCGCCCGACUCUUCUCCGUCCGAGGACUGACCCCGGAUCAGAUCGACCCCGCGCUGCUCGCAAAACCGAGCAAAGCUAAGAGGAAGUGAGAGAUUUAAGAACAAACGUGAAGCUGACGUCAUCGUGGACGAUUAUUUCAGAAUAAAGAUCGUCCAAUGAGCAGAGAGAUUAGACGAGAGCUCGUGAUUGGCUCUUGAGUUCAGCUGUUUUCCAGUCAAAAUGUUAGAUCUGUCUGCAGACGUCCAAUCAGCAAGCAGGAUUUUCUUCUUGUAUUUGUUUUGAUUUUAUUCAGUUUCAACAAACGUUUAAAAAAACAUCAUGAACGUUUUCCUGUAAUUUGAUCUUUUUCAAUAAAAUGUCUGAAACUAAAA